CUAUUUUAAAUAACAAUAUAUAUAAAAUGGCAUCAUGUAUCCAAUCCAUUUCUACUAGGAGUAUGUAGAAUACACGUGUUUGAGAAAAGCAUCGUGCACAUGAAAGUUGUUUCUAUUUCAAAAAUACUAGCAACACAUCAACAUUUUACUAGAAAAGUAAUAUUCAAAUCAUUAUGUACAAAACCCUUAGAAAUCGCCGUCUAUCGUACAACGUGGCUCUCUUGCCCCCACUUUGCAGUGGUGGUACGCAAGUACGCCACGGCGCGAAGAUGGCAUCCAAGACUGACGCCGUACUGCGCUUUUUUUGCCUCGCUAAAGAAAAGAUUGUCGAGGGGCGAGAAUAAAAAAUUAAACCAACGAAGUCGAGGACCACGUGUGGAAUCGCACAGAAAGAACCGCGGACUCGCUAUCGCGACAUACAGGAACAUUCUUUAAAGACGACAUAGCGACUUACCUCUGGUGCUUGAUGGAAACGCACAAUAAAUCCUCCUUUCGUUGGCUUUGCCGACACGUCAGGGACAAUAGGUCCGCGGGAAGUACUGUUUUCCUGGGAAAACUCGAACCGAUACUCAGCCGAAUGACUGCGGCGACCAUUGACUACG